CAGACCUCAGAGUGGAGGCUGUCCUUUUAACAAAGCGGAAAGAAGAACAGUGAGGAUGUUUUCACUCUUUCUUCUUCCUCUGUUUACUUUCAGUUCUCGCUCUUCCACACAGUGCGAUCGCUCUUUAUCAUAGUUGUUUGAAUUUACUGUGUCAUGACCAGGUAUGAAUGUACGUUACUGUAUGUUGUUCUUCUGGUGAGGUUGGAGUUUCAAUUCUUAAAAAGGGAAGUAGGGCGCUCUUGUUGAUGUUCUUUUGUUUUCAGCAGAAUUUAGGAGCUAUGAAAGCUAAAUAUUUUUUGUCUGUUAUGAACACUUUUCAGUGCUGAGUGUUUGACAACUUUUUUUUCUGCAGUGAGAGACACUUUUCAGAUUCUGGAUAUGGUUAUACCGGAAAUACCGGAAAUACCAUGUUGUUGUUGUAAUUUACAUCAUAUCCAACCUUGAAAUUUUUUAAAAGAUGAUGGCGCUAAUGAAGCUGCAGACAUUCAGUCACAGCCUGUCGUCCCCCUGCCUCCCUCUAUUCCUGCUCCUCCCACACUCAGAAACAGAGAGCAUUACCACGUCUUCAUUAGCUACAGCAGCACUGACUACCAGUGGACCCACUUCCUCAUCAGACGGCUGGAGUCCUGCGGCCUGCAGGUCUGCUACCACGAGCGCGACUUCACCCCCGGCCGCACCGUGUUGGAAAACAUGUCUGAAUGCAUCCAGGAGAGCCAGAAGGUCCUGCUGGUGCUCAGCCCGGAGUUUGUGAGGAGCCGCUGGUGUCUCCUGGAGGCCAACAUGUCUCUGUUCAGAGACUGCCUGGAGAGGAAGCCCAUCAUCCCGGUGCUGCUGGAGCCAGGAGUCUCUGUCCCUCUCCACCUGUGCCACCUCACCUACCUGGAGGCCAACGACCCCGACUUUAUGAAUAAGCUUCUGAAAGUGCUCUGCACCCCCAACCAGCAGCUUCAAGGGUCCACUGUGGUGCCCUUCCAGCCUCCCUCUAUCUACAACGGGAAGGCCCUGCAGCCUUUGAUGGCCGUCAAUGAUGAGGGACUCUAUACGUGGGAUUCUGGACAGUUCAGUGACAUGGAGGUGCCAGACCAACUGCGCCUGAUCAUUGAGGACCAUGACAAGUACAGAAAAGCUGUGAGGAUCGUCAACAGUGUCUUUCAGAAUAAAGUGUGGCUGCGUCCACUCUGGAUUAGAGUCCUGAUCUACAUUACUGGUGUAAUAUUUUGUUUUGGACUUGCAGGUUUAUCUACGUAUGUGUUAGUUGUAUUCAUCUGCGGCUAUUUUUUACCCGGAUUUGAAAACACAGCCCCAGUUGGACUAUGGGGGCCCACUAUUUGUAGUCUGUGCUGUUUACCAUUGGGGUUGCUUAUUCAGAUUGGUCUCUGGAAGAGGGAUGAUGAGAAGUACAUAGUGAGGGAGAUGAACAAAGCUAUGGGUCAAGCAAACACAAUCCUCUCUGAGGAGAAGGUUUUAAUGGGCUGUCGGUCCAAUUCUAAAAUCUAUCUGGUGUAUGUUUCCCUGGACGGUUGCAAACGUGAGUUUGCAGAAACGUUUUCUGAGCAGGUUGUUGCUGAGGAUAUGUUUCAAAGAGCUCUGAUCUUCUUCUCAUCAGGUUACGCCUGCUGCCUUGCUAAAAGACACUUUCACUUUCCCCUGCCGAGCUCCACCGGCCACCUGGAGGGAGGGGUGUGUUUCUGUCAGUAUGUCUCCCAGCAGCUGAGCACAGGGCAGUGGGAGUAGCAGUAACAGUGCAGACCAGGAAUGGACAUUCACUUUAUGAGUAAUUCAGUAGUGAUUCAACACAAACAGUUCUUCCAAAGAUUCCAAAGCAACCUCCCUGUUCACGGUGCAUAUUUUGUUAAAUUUAGUUACCUUGAAUCAAAAAAGCAAACAUUUCUAAGCUGUGUUAAUGCAGGAAAGGCUCUUUGCUUUUUGUCAUCUCUUACUCCUACUUGCUGUUCAUAUUUCAGGGUCUAUUCGACGAGACAGAGGAACUAAUUUGCAUUCUCAGCCUGAAUCAAUCACAUGUGAACAGUUUUAAAGAAAUUAUGACUGGUGCAGCUUUAAAAAGUGAUUUGCUUCGUGUUAAUUUUCAGCCGAAAAAAGGUAUGAAGGAUUUCAGGACAAUGAGGUUUUUAUCUUUUUACAAAUGUUCACUGCUUUGCUCAAAGACAGAAAAUGACCUUCAUGCGAACGGUUUACUUGAUAAUUAGCAAACACUAAUUCCAGAUAAUUAGUGAAACCAAAGAGGCAUAAUCAGUCACUAGUCAGGUGUAAUUUAUACAGUGUACAGACAUGGAAGUCUUUAGGAUUCACUGAGUAAUGCUAAUGCUCGAGGCUCGCUGUCAGAGACACAACAGAGACAGGAAGAAAGGGAAAUUUGCAUUUUACCAUGUUAAAUAAUUCUACUUUUUUAAAAAUUGUCAUUGUGAUUGUUGAUUCCUUCAUUAAAAUGCACUAUA